CCAACAGUGAAGGCUUUUCUGAUCUCGGCGAGACUCACUUUAUAGAGCCAGUUGAUCUUAAAACCGUUCAUAUGGAGAUAAAGAUGACACUCCCUCGUCGCCUAAGGUUUGCAUUAUUUUUAAUAUGUUGCAUGCAACCGUUGUAUGCAAAUGCUCAUUCUCACGUUACAUCAGUAAACACGUCUUCGACGUUGGCGGCGAAUUCAUCGACGGCACCAAAGGAAAACGCAUCAACAACAACACCAAUGACGGUGACAACAAAAGUGACCGCUUUAGCCACAAUGUUAUCAACCUCAACGAAAGUGUCCACCUCAGCCACAGUAGACACAUUAGUAUCAACCCCAACGAAAGCGUCCACUACAGCCACAGUAGAAUCAACCUCAACGAAUGCGGCCGCUACAGCCAUAGUAGUAUUAACCUCAACAAAGGUGUCCGCUUCAGCCACAGUAGACACAUCGGUAUCAACCCCAACGAAAGCGUCCACUACAGCCACGGUCACGAGUGCGGCCGCCACAGCCACAGUAGUAUCAACCUCAACGAAAGCGUCCAUAGCAGCCACAGUAGAGUCAAACUCAACGAAAGCGUCCACUACAGCCGUAGUAGAAUCAGCCUCAACGAAUGUGGCCACUGCAGCCACUGAAGUAUCAAUCCUAACAACUUAUUCAACAACCAAGGCGCCUGUCACAAUAUCAUCCUCCACGUCCACCAUGCGUUAUGUGUCUUUCAGCAUAGGGUCUGGAACUGAGUACUCGUCACCAGAUUGCAUAUCUUGCAGCAAUGGAGGGACCAUCACAGUAACCAUGUCAUGUAGCAUCAAGAUAAAAGGUAGCGACGACAAGAAAUGUGACGAGGACAAGUUCAAUGGUACCCUCUGUGAUUACGUCACUUUGGCCAAUAAAAUGUAUAGUUGUGCUGAGGUGAAGCAGAAUUUCACGUACUAUGAGAAAGAACACUUGAAAUCUGUAAAAGAGUGUAAAGUCGUUUGUCCAGCCUCCAGCUCAGUGUUGUGUCCACACAUUGUGUUCAUUUUCGCAUCUGGCCUCGUUGUCGGAAUGUUAUCGCAGAGUCUGUGAUCCAUCGGCCUUGAAAAACGUAAAGUUUCCAGCAAGAAAAAUUAACGUAAUUUCAGUUCUCCAGAAGUAAAGCCAUAGAAAAGUUAUACUUGUAUUUCACGGAAGUUUAAUAGAUGCAAGCCAAGGGAUUUUAUAAGCAAUUCUUGGUGUGAAAGUUUUUUUAUAGAAAAAGUAGACACCACGACUGAUAGGGAUGGAAAUCGAGUGUAGAUGGAGAGAGUGUAAUCAAAUCUUUUUAUCGAUGUUUAAAUACUUCAAAACGGCGAUGUUAAGAAAUGUAAUUUUUAGUUCACACUAUCUUCUCAAUCAAAUGCGACUAUAGAGCGAGGACACAGUGGAAAAAUGAGUGCGCAUGCUUGUAACUCGCGAGAAAUUUACGCGUGCAAAGGAAUGGGAACGACAGUAUUUCCAUAGUAACACUAUCGAGGCAAAAUGGAAGCAUUUUUAAAAUUCUCAUUGUUUGUUUUCAAUUCGUGGGGGAUAGGCCCAAAUCAAAACAAAUAAAGUUAUUGUUUUCAGAAAAGCUGUGGUCAAACCUCAUAUAUCUCAAACAAAGAGAAAAGGUUUUUGGUAACAGGUGUGAAUUUAGUGACUGAAGUUGAGCAGCCGUAACAUGGCUGAGAAGUUCGUAGCACCUGUUAUCGCUGUAGCGCUUCUGGCCAUCUCUUUGAGUAGGCAAACCCCCGGAGAAAAAGUUUGUUGUCUCGGCUGAAAAACCCGCGUCAGCUUAGGUUUGCAAUAGAAGAACCGUGAGCCCUAAAAAGCUCAAAUAAUUCGAGUCAGAUAGCGGAGCAUGCGCACUUAUUUUGCUGCUAUGUUCUGCUGUGUGUCUAGAAUGAGUAUCGUAGCGCCUGUUAUCGUUUUAGCGCUUCUUGCCACCUCUUUCAGUAGUCAACCCCCCCCGAAAGAAAGUUUGUUGUCUCGGCUGAAAAACCCGCGUCAGCUUAGGUUUGCAAUAGAAGAACCGUGAGCCCUAAAGAGCCCAAAUAAUUAGAGUGAGGUAGCGGAGCAUGCGCACUCAUUUUGCUGCUAUGUUCUGCUGUGUGUCUAGAGUGAGUAUCGUAGCACCUGUUAUCUCUUUAGCGCUUCUUGCCACUUCUUUCAGUAGUCAAACCUCUCGGAGAGAAAGUUUUGUGCACAGUUUGCCCACAUUUUAAAACAUCGCUGAUACACGCGCAUGACUAAACUAUGAAAUACUUCUUUAUUUCUUCUGCCAAGCUUUUACGCCCUGUGUAGUCAGCUUCUCGUUACAUUACUCACUGGAACAUUAAUUCAGUUUCGACUGCACUGAAACUCUCGAUCUCUUCGUAGUCUUUCCGAAAUCCUCUCAAAACAGGCAAAGACAGAAAAAAAUCGAAAAAAGGCCUGGAAAUCGGUUGUACGCGUACUCGAGCGCGCUUGAUCGUAUGCGUACUCUGGAAAACAUUUCGUAAAUAAUGGUUUGAAAUUUCUGUCUUUCU